CAAGAUGCAGGGCACAACUCUUCGGCCGGUGAACGAUGCGGGGCAAUUCACCGCACCGCGCCCCAGGCUGAUGGUACUCACCUCGGAGAAGGGCUGGCCGUGCUUGCUGCAGGAGGGAACAGACAUGAAAGACUGCUACGUCAACCGUGAGGCAGAUCGUGUUUGGCGGAUCGUCCAGGGCGACCUAAGCGGGGCGUUCGGCGUUGCGGGGCAGCAAUACUUUGGCCUGCGGCGGCGUCUCGUGAUUGGGACGCCCGGGAUGGGGGCGUCGAUGAGCGUUGGCUUCUACCUCCUCCACCAGCUGCUGCGCUACGACGCCGGGCAACUCCGGGUGGUUGUGUACUGCUUUGGGGGGGACUUGGCGUACGUGUUUGACACGACGUCGAAAACAGUGAGCGUGCACGGGGGUGCGGACAACGUCACCGAGCUUUUGUACGAUUUGGCGUGGCCCCCGGCGAAGAAGUCGCACCUUGACGCGGUGCUGGGGCUUUGGACUACGAGAACUCCGCAGCGAGGCACUGCUGCGAGCACGACGGAGACCAAGACGACUUCACUCCUCGAGAAGGUUCCACGCCGUGCCCGGCGUGGGGAGGUGAAGCGGUCUGCGUGCAGACCGGCCGACAAAACUGCACGACCGAUUCGUUUCGGUCACUCCGUCGACAUCACCCGCUGCGGGGAUGUCCACAAGAACCCGGGCCCCGAUGAGGACGGCUCCGUUGUCGUCUGGCAGCUGAACAUCGCGGGCCUUUCGCCUGUCAAGAACAUCGCAUUAGCUGCACGUCUGGCCCGGCACCAGCCAGACAUCGUUCUCCUCCAGGAGGUCAAGAACCAGAGUGCCACGGCGACGAAGUUUAUUGGGUACACGGACUUCCAUCAGGCCCGCGGUGGGCGUGGCGGUGGCGUUGCUGUUCUGGUCCGCCACACCCUGCCGUGCGAGUGCCUGACGCUCCCUGGCACCGACCCCCUGGAGGCUAUUGCCGUUUGCGUGUUCCUGCCUGCUUUUCCCAGCAUCUGCGUGGUGAGUUUUUACAACCCCCCACCGGCACUGGCUCAUGCUGCUCAACUUGCGAGCAUUGUUCGGCGUCUCGGUUCUGCUGCGAUCGUCGCAGGAGACGUCAACCUCCACCAUGAGCUUUGGGACAGUCACCUGCCGCCGACGGAGGAAGCUGAACUCCUCGCGGCGGCGCUGGUUGACACGGGCUUUGAAAUCGCCAAUGACCUGGCGCAGGCCACGCGGCUCAGUGGGCGCAGUAUCUCGUCCCCGGACGUGACUGCCUACCGCGCCCUGCGCGUUUCCCACUGGAGCUCCACCCCCUACUUGGAUUCCGACCACUGUCUGAUCUCGUACUCCGUAGGGACAGAAGACGGCGUCCCGCGUUUGGCAAACGCUCUACCACGGCGGAAGAAAGCCACCUUUGCGCUGCGCAAAGCCGAUUGGCCCGCUUUCACUUCGCAAUGUGAAGCACUUCUGGCCUCUGUGUCCACAUGGCCGGAGUUUCGCAGAUGCAUUUUACGAGCGGCAAAGCGCACCAUACCGCGCGGCAGCCUUGCAAACCCCAAGACAAUUUGGACCGACGAAAUGGAGCAGGCCGAGUCUACUUUAUUGGCUGCAUUCAACGCACACUUAGCCUCACCAGGAGACAGCGUGCUGAGAGCUGAAUUUCUCCGGAAACGGGAGGACCGAAAUCUCGCCCUUCGCCGCGGCUUCACUAAGCUGUUGGAAGCCCGUGCACAAAGGCUUGGAGCGGAUUCGAGCCCAAGCUGGCGAUACCUCCGAGGCAUGGCGGCGCCGCGCCCCCACCCUCUGGAAUCGGUUGUGCUGCGGUCCUCUCGCGACCGCGUCUGCGCCCUGCCACGCCAGCAGGCAAAUCUCCUUGUCCGCCAUUUUGUCCGUGUUUCGCGUGCCCCCGCACCACUGGCGGCGUCUUGCACCCGCUGUCUCCGCCUGCCCCCGGGCGAGUGGGAAAUGGAUCGGCCCUUCACGCCCUACGAGCUGGACUUGGCCAUCCGCGACUCCUCGCACGGCACAGCCCCUGGCCCGGAUGCCAUUCUGAAUGAAUUUCUGCAGCAUCUGGGACCUGUUGCCCGCGGGACACUUCGAACGAUGAUCAACAUCUGCCUUGCAGAUGGCUGUGUGCCGAUGCCCUGGAAAAUAGGGGAGACAAUCCCUGUCCCUAAAUUUGGGAAGGAUCCCUGCCGCGCAGAGAGCUAUAGACCGAUUACGUUGCUCUCUGCCUUGCUUAAAGUGACCGAGAAAAUGGUUCACCGUCGCCUGUCUGCGUUACUGCCGCACCACCCACGUCAAUUUGGCUUUGUGUCAUCGCGCAGGACCUCAGAUGUAGUGACUCUUGUCCUUGACAGGAUCACGCGAGGGUUGAAUGAGUUCAGCAUGGUGGAGUAUGAGCGCCCUAGUGGAGGCGCUCCCUCGCUGCACCCUCGCCGUCACCGCUCCCUGGUGGUCUUGAUAGACUUUUCGACUGCGUUCGACACCAUUGACCACGGGAAGUUGCUGGUCAUGCUCGACAGGCUCCCGCGCCUUGGCCCCCGCACGAAACGCUGGUUGCGCAACUACCUGCGGGGCCGAUACGUUAGGGUGAGGGUCCGCGAACAGACUUCGCGGCUACAACUCACCUCCGCUGGGGUGCCCCAGGGCAGUGUGCUGGGGCCCCAGCUCUUCUCUAUUACGUGGAUGACCUGCUGCGCCG